AUGCACUGGAGCACGGGGCGCGCUGGCUCUAUGAACGUCGCACCCCGCCAGGAGGAGUUACAGCGGCCAAUCGAAGAGAAGCAGCUGUGCGAGUGGCAGUGCCAUGUAAGUGCCGCGAUGUUGCGCCAGCGCGACUUCGAGGGCGUCUCAGCGAUGAGAGUUCGCCCCGAACUGCGCAUUCGAGGGCCACCUGCGCAAAGGCGGCCACCACACGGUGCAGCAUUCCAGACGACGCCGCCGGGUGACAUGGGGCCAUGGGAGAGCGUCACCUUCACCAUUACAUCUGAACGGCGGCGUCUGCGUCCUCGAAUCGUGCCCAAGAACCCUGACAGCUGCACUGUCGUCGUGGGGGCACGAUCGAAACACACUCAGAAUCGACUGUCUCCGUCGAAGGAGUUUGCGAUUCGCUUGUCUCGCCUGCACAAAGCCUCCGCGCCUGGGGCGGCAACUGUGCCGGAGGCGGUGGCAGCGGCAGCUAAGGAAGGACCGUUAGGUGACUCCCCGGCUAUUUCGCCGAUUGCGGCGGAGUGCCCCGCCGGUCAGGCUGAUGUUUCCGCCGCCUCGUAUUUGAGCCGCCUUUCAGCUCUCUUUGGUGACCAUGGAGGGGUGAGCUGCGUUGGCCGUGGUGACGUUGAAGGUGCUCGCCACGUGCGAUUCUCGAGCCAAAGCCCGCAGGUCGCCACCUUCUCAGUGGAGCGAUGUUGCGUUCCGCUCCAGGAGGGAUUCGAGGCGGUGGCGGUUGCGGCCGCUGCAGCGCCAGGGACGCGAGCGGGUGAUGCUGAAAAACUGACACCUGAUCCGGCACUGGACUUGAUCGAGAAAGCUCCUUUUGCGCCUCUCGACACCGCUGCACAGCGGGUGUCCCCUCUCGCGAUGAGUCCGUUUGCGUCCUCGCGGUAUUCAACCCUUUUGUCACCACGAACUAGUGUCUCUUCCUACCUAACCCAGAUCCAGGAGCUGCGCCACUCGUUGCUAGAGGCUCCAUCAGACACCCGUCGCAGCCGCGCCGACUGCAACGAUGACACUCGCCUGCGAGCGCGGGCGGCUCACGAUUUGACAACGACGGAGCAGCCGUUGGUAAUGGACAGGCAGGCCGAGAGAGAGGGUGCCGCGCCGCCUGCCAAGCAGAGAGCGCUGGAGCGAACUCGGGACCUCGGCGAUUCUGUCGGUGCGGCCGCCGUCGGCAUCAACUCCACCACGAUGUCCGGUGCCCUUGGUCUGGCUGUGCCCGUCACAAGUGGUGUGGCUGUAACCCCCGUCAUGUGGGAGGCUUCUGAGUGCUUCUCAGAGAACUCGCCAAUUUUUCUGCGCCGCCCCGAGCGGAGAGCUGGCCCGUCCACCCAAGAUUUCCCUGAGGCUCAGCUCUUAACGAACAUCACGAACCAGUCCCCCAAAUCGUCUGCACCACGGCCACCGAGGUCGCGGAUGUCACGCGAGGAGAGCGCCAUGGUCGUCCACAAGCCGACGAAAAAGUGUGUACGCUUUCGUGAGUCUGUCGAGCGAUCUGACAGAGGCACCUCGGGGACACAAUGCAAGCGACGACGUCCAGGGUGGCGGCCCGCGCAUUCCUCCGCUUCUUCACCGGCCGUAGCCGGUGUGCCGAUCGUGAUGCCGGGGGAGUUAUGCUGCGAGCAGGAGGGUUUUGGUGCUGGCAUUAUCCUAGCUUGCGGGCCAACGCUCUAUUUUGAUUGA